AAUUUUGAUAAAAUUAUUCAAGCACCUAUUACAGGACAUGAAUCAAUUUGGAUAUAACUUUAAUUUCAUCAUUCAAUCUUCCAUGAACAUUGCCGAACUAAAAUUUAAACACCAGCGAGUAAGGAACGAUUUUGGAUAUCCAUGCAUGACAGCAAAGGAAGAAAAAAAAACAUUUUAUGGAGAAUUAAAACAUGAAAAGGCAAAAAAAUG